AUGGCGGUUGCACCAGACAAAACAGAUAAUUUUGAUGAUUUAUUGACGUGUACAAUCUGUUUGGAGACCUUUAAAGGUCCAAAAUAUUUACCAUGUCUCCACACGUUCUGCACGGCAUGCAUUAACACUUACAUUCUGUCGACCGUGGGGAAGGAGAAAAUUAAAACACCGUUUAAGUGUCCGAUUUGUCGACAGAAUGUUUUGAUGGCAGAGUCAACCGGUAACCCGGAGACCUGGGCUGAAAAAUUACCAGGUAAUCAUUUUGUUGUUUCAAUGAUGGAUAGACAAGCAAUAAGAAGAAACGUAAAAACAUGCGACUCUUGUAAAGCGAACAAUGAAUCGAAAAAUGCGUUAUCUUGGUGUAUUGUAUGCGAAGAGGCGUUUUGUGAAUCUUGUGAAAAAUGCCAUAAAUCAUUUAAGAUGUCUGCAAAACAUCCGAUCAUGUUGCUGAAGGAUAUUGUUACUAACAAAGAAACGGUAAGCAUUUCUUCUUUGAUAUAUUGCGAAGAACAUUCAGGAGAGAUAGUAAAGGCUUACUGUGUUGAUCAUUCUAAACCAUUAUGUACAUUAUGUGCCACUUUAUUGCAUAGAAAAUGCGAAGAUGUCAUAACAAUCGAGAAGGCAGCUUCAGGUAUAAAAAAAUCCGAAAAAGCAUUGAGGUUGUCUACAGAACUAAAACAAACCAGCAAACAGCUGUCCGAUUUAAUACAAAACAGGAAAGACCUUACGACCGAUUUAGAAAAAGAGGCUGAAGCUAUUCUUACAAAAGUAAGUACCAUAAAGAAUAACAUUGUUAAACAUUUAAACAAAAUUGAAAGUCAAGUUAAGGAAGAAAUAAACACAUUGAAGAAGGAAGCAGGUUUGAAACUUUCCGAAAAGUCAACAAAACUUGAGAGUCUGAAGAAUGCGGUUGAUAACUGGACUACUAUAUUUGAUACCUGUUUACAACAUGGAUCCGAACUGCAGUGUUUACUUGAAAUGAAUAGAAUUAACGAAAAUAAGAUUAAAUUUGGUGAUGUAUUUACAAAAGGUAUAAGUGAAAUGAAGAAUGUUUCCAUGCAUCUAGAGACUAAUAAUAUAGCAGAGGAAUUUGCAGAACGAGUCGCAGUUAUUGGAGUUGUUAAACUUGUUGAAAUCAACGCAAGUUGUCCGAAGUUUUCUUUCAGUAACAACGUAAAUUUUCGCACGGGGAAAAUAAAUGUUAUUAAAGUUAUUGACCUUACUGGACGGAAUGUCCGUAUCAGUGGUCUUUUUAUGGAAGAUAAAUAUGUCUUUACUCAUGAUAAUUCAUCGAAAGUCUUAAAGUAUAAUCCCAACGGAGACCGUCUCACUGAACUUAAGCUUCCAAAUCAACCAUACGAUAUAGAUCAAAUGAAUGGCACAACAGCAGCGGUUUCAUCAAAUUCUAAGAUUUUUUAUAUAAUCAAUACACAUGAUAUGACACUGUGCUGUAAAAUUGAUAACACAUGGCAAGUUCAUAGAUUCUGUCAUGUCAAUGAUAGAGUCGUAUGA